CUCGCUAACAGUCUCUGGCUGGACACUUGUCGAGGGAGCACGCACCGUAAGAGAGAGAGAGAGAGAGAGAGAGAUAGAGAGAGAGAGAGAAAGAGAGUAAGAGAGAGAGAUUAAGAGAGAGAGAGAGAUAUGGGCGGCGCUGGAUUCCAAAAGUGGGCGUGGCUGUUGGUGGUGGGCGUGUUUCUGCGGCAGGUCGACGCGCGGGGUUUUGAAGGCAUUCCAGGCAACUUCUGUAGAAACAGGAAACCGUCCGAAUGCUGCGAGGACCGCCACGACGACUGCGCCGUCCCGGUCCUCGGCACCUUCUGCUACUGCGACGAAUUCUGCCUCAACGGCGACUCGAAACACGACGACUGCUGCCCCGACUUCCGCCAGGUCUGCCUCGGUGCCAAGCCCGGCAUCCCCCUCCCCCCCGCCGAGCUGGGGGACGAUCCGGAGGUGCUGCAGAAAGCAUGCGAAGUGAACGGCAAAGAAAUUCCUUUCGGCGGAUCCAAGGCAUUUAAUUGUAACGAAUGCAAGUGCGAGGGCCCGGCGGCGCAGUGCGAGGACGACCCCUGCAUGGUGGACGAGGCGCUGAUAAGGGAGGUAAACCAGGGCUCGCGGCGGUACGGCUGGAGGGCCGCCAACUACACGCAGUUCUGGGGCCGGAAGGCGAGCGACGGACUGCGGAUGCGGACGGGCACUUUCACCCCCGAUGAGUGGUCGUCGAAGAUGUACCCGGUGAUCAUGCGCGUCGACGCCAGCAAGAUCCCGCGCUCCUUCAACGCCCGCAGAGCGUGGAAAGGGCGUCUGACGGGCGUGCGGGACCAGGGGUGGUGCGGAGCCUCGUGGGCGUUCUCCACCCUGGGCGUCGCUCAGGACAGGUUGAACAUCCUCGCCAAAGGAAUCACGCCCGUGGCACUCUCUGCCCAGAACCUGCUGAGCUGUGCCGAGCUGGGCCAAAAGGGGUGCCAAGGAGGGCACAUUGACCGUGCCUGGAAUUACCUGAGGAGAGUCGGAAUUGUGAUGGAGGAAUGCUACCUCUACGAGAGCGGGUGGUCGCGGAAAGUGCCGAAGUGCUACGAGCAGAACGAGGGAAGAAGUGACGAGGGUUGUAAGAACCACUACAAAACCGAACCCGCUUUCCGCAUAUCCGAAAAGGAGGAGGAUAUUCAGUGGGAGAUCCUGAAUAAUGGCCCCGUGCAAGCGCUGAUGACGGUACACCCCGACUUCUUCCUGUACCAGACGGGCGUGUACACCCACACCGGCCUGGGAGGCAAGGGCUCAGCCACCCACUCCGUCAAGCUCAUCGGGUGGGGCGAGGCGAGGGUCAUGGGCGUGGGAGUCGUCAAAUACUGGCUGGCGGAGAAUUCCUGGGGAAGCAGCUGGGGGGAGCGCGGCUACUUCAAGAUUCGUCGCGGAUCCAAUGAGUGUGGGAUCGAGUCCUUUGUGCUGGCGGUGAGAGCGCGCUUGGGGAAUUUCGUCUACGGGAGGUACUAAGAGGGAGAGGAGGAAAUAAAGGGAAGAGGAGGAAGAGAGAAAAAGUAGGAAGUGAAGCGAGAGGAGGAAGAGAGAAAUGUUGAUGAAUAUAGAAAUAAAAGCUGGAUGUAAGAAGCAAGGAGUGUGGGAUCGAGUCCUUUGUGCUGGCGGUGAGAGCGCGCUUGGGGAAUUUCGUCUACGGGAGGUACUAAGAGGGAGAAGAAAAUGAUAAGAAGUAAAUAUAUAAAGAGAAAAUGAAUAAACGAAGAGAAGAGGAGGAAGAGAGAAAUGUAUGAUGAAUAUAGGAAUAAAAGAUGGAUGUAAGAAGCGAGGGGGGAGUGUGGGAUCGAAUCCUAAAAGGGAGAGAAGAAUGGUAAGAAACAAAGGAAGAGGAGGAAUAGAGAAAAGUAGAAAGUAAAGAGAAGUGGAGGAAUAGAUAAAAGUAGGAAGUGAAAAGAAAGGAGAAAUAGAGAAAUGUAGAGAUUAAAUAGAGAGGAGAAAUAGAGAAAAGUAGGAAGUAAAGAGAGAAGGAGAAAUAGAAAAUAAGAAGAAAGUAAAGACAAAGGAGAAAUUGAGAAAGGUAGGAAGUGAAGAAAGGAAAAAAAAGCAAGUAAAGAAAGAGGUAUUUACCACAAAGUAAAAAAAAGGAAGGAAGAAUAAGAGAAAUAUAAGAAGUAAAGAAAGGAGAGAAAUGUGGGAAGUGAAGAAACAGAGAUAAAUGAUUAGAUGAAGAAUAACAAAAAAGGGGCGAAUAGAAGCAAAGGAGUAAAAGCAGGGAAAAGAAAUAAAAAGAAAGAGGAAUGGCGAGACGAGAAUAACAAACAGGAGAUAAACAGGAACCAAGGAAUCAAGAAAAAAGUGAAGGAUAGAGAAAAAGGAAUAAAAGAAAGGAAUAAAGGUAUAAACGUAAAAAAGCGAUAAAAACGGAGACAGAGAGAGAUAAAAAAGAAAGAUAUAUACUUGGAAAGGGGAGGAGAAAAGUGUAGAAAGAGAGAGAGAGAAAAAAAUGAAAAUAACAAAAACGAAUUACAAAAAUUUGUGAAACAAGAAUAGAUGAUAAUGGAGAAUAAAUAAGAGAAUAUAAAAUAAAGGAGAAUAAUGAAGUAGAGUAAUGGAAAAAAUAAAGAAAAAGAAGAAUAUAAGUAAACAAAGAGUAAUAAGAAUGAUAAUAAAUGGAGUAGAAUAAGAAAUGAAUGAUAAAAAAGUAAUAAAGAAAAGCCAAGAUAAUGAUGGGAGCCACAGAAGGAAAAAAAA